AGGUUACGUGAUCCAACAGAACUGUCGUCUAAAAAGUGGACCGACGAAGAUAUAUUUUUGAGGACUCUCAAUUACUAGCAUAGUUCCCAAUUUUGACAAGCAACUUCUAUGCAAAAUCUGUGAACUUAUUAACCUCAAAGGCAUCCUUCUUGCGCUAGAACUACAAUUCCAUCCCCUCUUAACCUUCUUCUCCUGUAUCAAAUGGAGAAAUUUAAGCUCCUGAUGAUGGUUCCACCUCUAAUGGGGCACUUGGCACAAGCCCUUGAGCUGGCCGAGCUGAUGCUUGCAAGAAACAAUCAAUUAUCAAUCACAGCCCUGAUCAUGGAGCUGCCAAUUGAUCCCCAUGGCACAGCCAGAAUUCAGUCUCUCGUCGCUGCCACAAAUGUUGAAGGCCUCCACUUCCACCACCUUCCAACACCAGAAGACACCUCUGAUUGGAAUAUCACACAUAGAGGGCUCUUCACUUUGAAGCUCCUAGAAUAUCAGAAACCUCACGUGAGAGAAAUAGCCUCAAAAACUCAAAAAUUUUCUGGGUUUUUGAUUGACUUAGUUAGCACGACCAUGAUUGACGUUGCUGACGAGCUUGGAGUUCCUACAUACUUAUUCUUCACCUCUGGUGCGGCUUUUCUUGGUCUGAUGCUUCAUUUCCAAACCCUUGAAGACGAGCAAAACCGGGACAUACCUGAUCUGGUUAAAGGGGUAAGCCAUUUAAUUCUCCCUAGUUUUGCAAAACCGGUUCCAAUCGGCGUCCUCCCAGAUGCAGCAACCCAGAAGGAAUAUUGGUCGACCUUCGUUUUGAAAAUGACCCGUGGCUACAGAAGGGCUAAAGGAAUCAUAGUGAACACUUUCAGUGAUCUUGAAUCUAAUGCUAUUAGUUCCUUUUCAUUAGAUUCUUAUUAUGGUAAAUCAAGCUUGCCACCAAUCUUUCCUGUUGGGCCUAUUCUAAAUAGGUCCCAAAUCCACACUCAAUCUAGUGAAGAUUGUUCAGCAAUGAUGAAAUGGCUGGAUUGUCAGCCUAAAAACUCGGUAGUUUUUCUCUGUUUUGGCAGCUUGGCAACUUUCCAUCCGGACCAAGUUCAAGAAAUAGCUUAUGGCAUUGAGAGAAGUGGUCAUCGAUUCCUAUGGGUUCUCAGGCAGCCCCCUGCAAACGAAGGGGGAUUUCCUAGGGAUUAUGAGAAUCUUGAACUUGCGCUGCCCGAAGGGUUCUUGGAUCGAACGGCUUCGAUCGGAAAAGUCGUGGGUUGGGUUCCACAACUGGCCGUGCUGUCACAUUCGGCUGUUGGGGCAUUCGUGUCACACUGCGGCUGGAAUUCAACGUUGGAGAGCAUCUUUUGUGGGGUGCCUAUUGCCACCUGGCCCGUACAAGCUGAGCAACAGCUGAAUGCGUUCCAAUUGGUCAGAGAGUUAGGAAUUGCUGUGGAAAUUAGUUUGGACUACAAUCAACAAAAGGAAAAUCAAGCUUUGGUGAGAGCCGAGCAGGUAGAGAAAGGCAUAAGGGAAAUCAUGGAUGUUGAGAAUGAAGUAAGGAUAAGGGUUAAAGAAUUCAGCGAGAAAAGCAGACUAGCUACGAAGGAAGGUGGGUCAUCUUAUUUCGCUUUGGGGAAUCUUAUUCAAGACAUUUGUUCACGGUCUUCAGCUCAAUUGGUGCUAUGAAAACUGUUGUUAACGGAGAUUACUACAUGAACAAGGUUCAAUUCAACUAAUUAUAAGACAAGUGCAAAUGUGUAAUCAUUGGUACAUUCUGCUCCACGGUCUUUCGAAUAUGUUGCAGUUGAAUGAAACAGUUGAAAAUAAAAAGCCUCUAUCUGUUAAGUGAAUCUCAAAAACCUUGAGGUUUUGAGAACAAGGCACUGUCCUCCUCUUGUUAAGCUAAUCUUGUUAAGAAUCAUUGAUAUAUUCUGCCCCCACAGACUUUUGAAUAUGUUCCAGUUGAAUAAAACAGUGAAAAAACAGCCUUUAUCUUGUUAAA